AAACAGCAAGAGGUUUCUGAGCUCCGCACUUAACAUCUCGUGCGAGUCUCGUCCGUGCAGGUGGAGCUCUGUAGUCGUUGGGGUCACACCAAGCAAAGGAGCGGCGUGGAAGCGUUCUAAGUGUCGAGCGGGAGUUCGGCGCGGGGGCGGGAGGUAGUAGCGCCGCCUGAGGCCGUUAGGGAGCAACGGUCUCUUCGCGCGCGCGCCUAACUCGGCGCCGCAGCCAUGAGGCGCUUCUGGCCGUGCGUCGUCGUGCUGGGGCUGCUCGCCGUCGAGGGCAUGCGCGGCGCGCAGAAAUUCGCAGCCUAUCCCAAAAUUACCAACAGGACCUUCAUCGACGAGUAUAUCAGCGCGCACAACAAGCACCGCAGCGAAGUCCAGCCCACCGCUUCCAACAUGCUGUACAUGAGUUUUGAUUUAGGUUUAGCUAAAAUAGCGAGAUCAUGGGGACGGAGAUGCAUUUUUGGACAUAAUCCAAAAAGAAAAGUCCACCCUGAAACUAAAUAUAGGCCAUUUGGAGAAAAUGUAUGGCGGGGAUCUGCCUCCAGCAAACCAUUUAAUGCUGCUGCUGCCAUUAACGCAUUUAACAGUGAAGUAAAAUACUAUACCUAUGAUGACCACACAUGUUCCAAAGUAUGUGGUCAUUAUACUCAGGGGCAAUUACCGGGGAGUUCGUCCUUAUAAAAAAGGAACUUCAUGUAGCGAGUGCCCAGAAGGAGACACUUGCCAAAAUCAACUCUG